AUGCUGGGUGGGCAAAACCAAGCCCUCUGCCAUCCUCCGGUUCCGAAGAGAAGGCCAAUGCUGGUUGGGCCAAACCAAGCUCUGCAAAAAUUCUGGUCCGAGAAGGAAGCCAAAUGCUGGUGGGCCCAAACCAAAGAAAAUCCGCAAAAGAUCUGGUCAGUUAGGAAGGAAGGCCCAAUGCUGGUGGGCCAACCAAGCCUAGCCAAUCCUGGCCUGAAAAGAAAGCCCAUUGCUGGUGGGCCAAACCAAAAGCUGAGAAAAACUCCUGCCCUUGAAAAGAAGCCCAAAAAUGGCUGGUGGGCCCAAAACCAAGCUCAGCAACAAAAUCCUGCCUGGAAAAGAAGCCCCGCACCAAAUGCUGGUGCCCAAACCAAGGUCCAAAGAAAAUCCGGCCUGGUGAAAAGAGAAAAAGGCCAAUGCUGCCCAAACCAAGCCAAGCAAAAUCCAUGGUCCGAAGAGGAAGAGGAAGCCCAAUUGCAAAGGUGCAAAACCCAAGCCCAGCCAAAAUCCUGGGUCCAAAGAGAAGGCAUUGGCAAAGGUGGGCCAACAAAGCUCUGCAAAAUCCCUGGUCCGAAAGAAAAGGAAAAGGCCCUCAAAUUUCUUGGGUGGGCCAAACCAAGAUCAGCAAAAUCCUGCCCGAGAAAAAGGAAGGCCAAGCUGGUGGGGCCAAACCAAGCUCAAGGCAAAAUCCUGGCCGGAAGAGAAGGCCCAAUGUGGAAAGCCCACAAUUCCGCUGGUGGGAAGGCCAAACCAAAAGCCUCCAAAAGCCCAAAAUCUGGCCUGAAAAAAGGAAAAGAAAGCCCAUUGCUGGUGGGCCAAAACCAAGCUCAGGGAAAAACCAUCCCUGGCUGGGGAAAAAGAGAAAGGGCCCAACCCAAGCUUGGGUGGGCCAAAAACCAAGCCCUCAGCCCCAAAAAAUCGUGGGUCCGAAGAGAAGGGCCCAAGCUGGUGGGCCAAAACCAAGCUCAAAGGCCAAAAUUCCGGUCCAAAGAAAAGAAAAAGGCCCAAUGUAAAGGUGGGCCAAAACCAAGGCCUCCCUGGCCAAACAAUCCUGGUCCCGAAGGGAAAGAAGGCCCACCCAAUGCUGGUGGGCCAAAACCAAAGCUCAGCCAAAAUCCUGGGCGAAGAAAAGGAAGGCCCAAAAUUGCUGGUGGGCCAAAAAACCAAGCUCAAAAGGCCAAAAACCUGGCCCGAAAGAAAAGGACCCAAGGCCCAAGCUGGAGAAGGCCCAAAUGCUUGGAAAAUGGCCAAACCCAAAGCAACCAACCAAAUCCUGGCCAAAAGAAGAGAAAGGCCCAAGGCCUUGGUGGGCCAAACCAAACUCCAAAAAAUCCUGGAACCCCUGAAAGAAAAGAAGGGCCCAAAAUUGCUGGGGGGCCCAAAACCAAGCUAGCAACCCAAUCCGGAAACCUGGAAAAGAAAGCCCAAUUGUGGUGGGGCCAAAACCAAGCUCAGAAAAAUCCUUGGCCCUAA